AAGUGAUAGAGUACAAGGAUUACUGACAGAUGAGCAAGAGAAAGAGGGGAGGGACACAAAGAGGGCCAGAGAGGAGGACAGAGCAGGAGGCAGAUUUCCUGUGGCGGGGACUGCAUGCUGUCUUUGUGGCCAGUUAGACCCUUAUUCGGUUAGCCGGCAAGCCAGGCCGUCAGUCAGCAGGGAUGGGUGAUCCAGUGACACUGGUCGAGUCUGCCACCCCUCCCGUUGUCACGGCGAUCCCCACAGUGAUAGCUGGGGAAAUGCAAGAUGGUGCUAAAACCCAAUCAGCCAACAAGAAUGGGAAGAAGGCGGACUCUGGGUCCAGCAGCGGCAGCUUCUUCACCUGGUUCAUUGUCCUGGCCCUGCUGGGUGUCUGGACGUCUGUAGCUGUGGUCUACUUCGACCUGGUCGACUAUCAGGGUGUCCUUGACAAGGCUAAGGGCUUACAAAUUAACCUGUCUGAGGCCUUGCAAGGUAAACUGGUGGCAUACGACACAGAUGGCGAUGGUGAUUUUGAUGUCGAGGAUGCAAAAGUUCUGCUAGCUGAGCAGACUGGAGUACAUGAAGAGAGGAAAAGGAGAUCCAAAGAACUCCCAGUGCCUAGAUUCAGGAGGAGAGAGAGGGAGAAAGCAGGAACCAGAGGAACUAAGAUUCUGGCAGGAAUGAGAGCAGCGUCUCUAGGAUUAGAUGAAACUCCUGGAGAUGCAGCCAAGAGGGGAGCUAAGAAAGGACUGAAAGAGAAAGCUGUCGUCGCCUCCCGUCGUGAAGAAGCCGCUGCCCCAGUGGAGACUCCUGAAGCUGAAGUUGAAUCCACACCAGAAGCUAUUAUUGAGCCUGAACCUGUGCCUGUGGAAGAUGUGAUUGAAGCUGCUGUAGCAGAGGACAUUUCUGCUCCACCACCACCAGAGCCUGAACCUGAGGUAGCAGCUGAGCCUGAGCCUGAAUCAGAACCUGAACCUGAACCAGAGCCAGAGCCAGAGAUUCCUGAGGUGAUUGAGGAAGAGCCAGAGGUGCUGGAGGAGGAGGAGGCUCCUGCUGUGGAAGAAGAUGCCCCUGUGGAGGAGGCAGUGGAGGAGGCUGCUCCUGUGGAGGAGGAGCCAGCAGAGGAGAUGAUGGCCGACGAGCAACAGCCUGCAGAGGAGGCAGCACCUGAAGAGCCUGCAGAGGAGGCUGUAGAGGAGGAACAGGAGGCUGCUGCUGAGGAGGAGCCCACUGCAGAAGAGGAGGCUGAGGAGGUGGCAGCAGAAGUAGAGAGCACUCCUGCUGAAGAAGCUGUUGAGGCUGCUUCUGCUGAAGAAGCUGUGGAAGAGGCUGCUGAAGAAGAGGAGGCUGCAGAAGAGGAGGCUGCCCCUGCUGAAGAGGAGGCUGCCCCUGCUGAAGAGGAGGCUGCUCCUGCUGAAGAGGCGGUAGAGGAGCCCGCUGAAGAGGAGGCUGCUCCUGCUGAAGAGGAGGCUGCUCCUGCUGAAGAGGAGGCUGCUCCUGCAGAAGAAGCUGUUGAGGAGCUCGAUGAAGAGGAGGCUGCUCCUGCAGAAGAGGAAGCUGCUCCUGCAGAAGAGGAGGCUGCUCCUGCUGAAGAGGCGGUAGAGGAGCCCGCUGAAGAAGAAGCUGCCCCUGCAGAAGAAGCUGUUGAGGAGGCAGCUCCUGCAGACGAACCUGCUGAGGAGCCAGCUGUAGAAGAGGAGGCAGCUCCAGCCGAGGAACCUGCUCAAGAGGAGGUAGAACUUGCAGAAGAAGCUGUUGAAGAGGCAGCAGAAGAGGAGGAGGCUGCUGAGGAGACUGCUGAAGAGGAGGCAGUUCCAACAGAAGAAGCUGUUGAAGAGGCAGCAGAAGAAGAGGAGGCUGCUGAGGAGGCAGCUCCAACAGAAGAAGCUGUUGAGGAGGUAGCAGCAGAAGAGGAGGAGGAGGCAGCUCCUUCGGACGAACCUGCUGAGGAGCCAGCUGUAGAAGAGGAGGCAGCAGCAGAAGAAGAAGUAGCAGAGGAACAAAUAGCAGCAGAGACAGAAGAAGUAUACGAGGCAGAGGAGGCAGCAGAAGAAGCAGCAGCAGAGGUUUCUGAGACAGAGGAACAGAUUCAGGACGAGCCCACAGAAACGUAGAGGCUGCCGUCGCAGUCGUCGUGGUGACAGAGCAGGGACCCCACUGAUGUUGCAUCAGCACCACCUGAGCGCGCUCAGACCAACGAUGCACCUCUCCACCUCCAGAGAAACGAUUGAGUCGUUAUGACAACACUCGCCUCUCCUCCCCUCUCCCCCUCCCCCUCCCUCCCUCCCUCCCUCCCUCCCUCCCUCAUCUGUCUCCCCCUCCCUCCCUCUGCUUUCCUUUGAGUCUUUUGGUAUAAAUGUGUGAGAUGAUGGAUGAAUUGUUUACUAAAUAUGGUUCUCCUGUUUUUACCCUUCCUGUUUUCACCUGUGUUCAUGGCCGUUUGGUUCUGUGUGACUGUGCUCUACCUGCAGACAGUCCAUCUCCAAGAGCUGUCUGGAACUUUUAUUUUGAAGUGUCUCAGUGAUGCAGUUUGGCUUCCCGUAGCUAAAUUCUGUUGCCAAGUAAACCGAAGCCAAAGUUCAUAACUUGAGUCCUCAGCAGGGCCGUGGUCUACAGCGAGCUGAUGAAGCUUCACACAUUCAAAACGUCAACAAACAAAAAAGUGAACUCUGAACGCUGAGCUGACGUUUCCUGAUCAGUCCUGCGAUCAGCUCGACGGAGGAAAAGUCUUUCAGAUCAAACUGUCUGCCAUCUCUGUCGCUGCGUGCGUCUCGCUGUGUGUAGUUCUGGUCACACUGUAGAUUCUAUGCAAAGCUGUCGUGACGUCUGUGACCUGCCUCUCUCCACCCUCCCUCCCUCCCUCACCCCAUCCCUCACCCUGUCAGUUUAUUUACCACUCAGUAUGCGUCGACUCCAGGAUGAGCCAUAUGCUAGCACGUGAAUUCAGAGAAAAAGCUUUUGAGAGUGUGUGAGUGUGCGAGUGUGUGUGGAUGUAUUCCUCAUGUACCCCAUGAUGAGUGUGUUCUUGUGUGUUGACAAAUCUUUUUGCUCAUUAAUCCUUCCUGUGAGCUGUGAUGUAGUUUUUUUUUCUUCUCAUUUGUUCUCUAAACACCUUUACCUCUGUGUGUGUGUGUUCUGUAGACUCUGUUUUUGUUUUGUUUGUUUCAUAUUUUCUGAUCCGAUCAUGAGACCAUCGAACGAGUUUGAACUGAAGACACGACUUUGCCUCUUCAGCUCUGUAAGUUUAAACUGUGAUGUAAAUUAGGACACCAUGGUGUGGUGUCAAGAUUCUGUUUGUCAAACGUACUAGCUGGACAAGAUUCAGGCAGGAUAGUUAUCCUGACACAUUUUAACCCUGUGUGACCCAGACCCAGAGUCCAUCAUCUCUGGCUCGCAGAGGGUUAAAUAGAUCAGGGGUCAUAUUCCUGUGGAAGUCGGCCACAACCUGCUGACUGAAACCCUUUAAAUGAAACCUUUGCUUUCUCAGCAUCAGCAGAGAAACUUCACUGCCUCAUUCUCUCUGCGAACAUUUAGCUUUUCUUUCUUUCUGACAUCAGGAUAGAUCGCUGUGUUUUAAUCGUGAUCCACAGUAGAACAAAACAUGACAGAACUCAAAUUGUAGAAUUAAAAAAAGCCAAAUGAGUUUUUGUAUCUUAUUUUGAAGGUGAUGGUCAGACGUGCAGGCACACAUGCUCUGUGCUCCUCAUGUUGUAUUACACCAGUGAUAACUGUGACACUAAGAUAGUUUUGGGGGGACGAUGGGCGCAGCACCGUGGAGAACACAUUUCUGUUGUGAUACUGACAAUAAACAAUAUGUAGAUCUGAUGUCGCAGGCUCAGUUACAGCACACUACACACUACUCUGAGAUGAGGAAGAGAAAAGUCAGACAUUCCUCUGUUUUUCAUUUGCUGUCCCACUCUGUGUCUCUAGUCCUCACAUACUGUAACUACCAGAUUGUUUUUUUUAGGGAUGCAACACAUUCCAGUGGUGUGCAGUAGUCUUUUUGUAGGAUGUCUCAUGUGUGUUUUGGUUUUUUUUCUGUAACACUAGCUGGUGUUUUCUACUUCCUAACACUUUGUACGUCAAUGUGAACUGUAAAACCUUUUUAACAUUGAAUACUACAAUCUUUACCAAGAGAGAGCUUCUAGAUUUUUAAAGAGGAACAUUUUUAAAACGGACUUGGAGAAAUAAAACCUAAUUUUCUGAAAAUGCUUUAAAAGCUUUUUUUUUUUUUUUUUUUAACAAAGCCAUAAGCUGUUUGUGGCAGGCAGGUUUGAAUGGGGCUGUCCCCCAGGACAAACUUCAUUCAUUGUCUAAGAAUUCAAAAGGAAGAGCAAUAACAUAAAAACUGCAGAGGCAACCCACUGCAGCAGCCCGGUGAAACUGAUUUUUCUGUUUUUCAUUACUAAUCUCUGAUCAGAAGUCGUGCACAUGCUGGAAAAAGGUUGAUGACGUGGACAGCCUCUCUUUCAGACUAAGGGGGCAGCAGUCAAACUGCCCUUCUCUCUGCCUCAGUGUCGUCUGCAGAUCCAACACUGUCCUGCAGACACUGACGAUGGUCAUUAAAUUAUUGUGAAGUAAUGAUGGAUUGUGUAAAGUGUCAGUUUUCUGUAAAUGAUCUGUUGCUGCAAUAAAAGGAUUGGGACAACA